UAUAAAAACGUAUAACUGGAUCGCACUGUCACCAUUGCAUCUGCUUGAAACACCAACACAUGAUAUUGUCACAGUUAAAUUAACUCGAUCGGUUCAUUAUGGGAGAACCAAACAUAAGCAGCACUAGUACUAGUGCUGCCUCUUCUAGCUACAGAGGAGUCCGUAAGAGAAAAUGGGGGAAGUGGGUGUCUGAAAUUCGCGAGCCUGGCAAGAAAACCAGAAUUUGGUUAGGGAGCUUUGAGACACCUGAAAUGGCUGCUGCAGCAUAUGAUGUGGCUGCGUUUCACUUCAGAGGACGAGAGGCACGGCUCAAUUUUCCUGAAUUGGUCCAUAGUCUUCCACGCCCAGCAAGCUCAGAUGCGGAAGACAUUCGCAUGACCGCACACGAAGCGGCCCUGAGGCUAAAGGGCCCUUCCGGAAGGGCUCAUCAUCAUGAGCUGGUCGGAGGGCCAAGCUUGAAUGUAGCACCGGUCACGGUGAGGCUCUCGCCAAGCCAAAUUCAGACCAUUAACGAGUUCCCGUUGGACUCGCCCAAGAUGUGGAUGCAAAUGGCGGUGGAAGACUCCAUCCCUGAAUUCUCCAAUGAAGUUGAGGAUAAUGUAUGGGAAGAUUCGCAAAACGAUUCUCUUUGGGACCCUUAAUUAGGAGUACCAGAAGGCUGUCAUUCUGUAUUCUUUUAGAGAUGAUCAGAGUCGAUAGGGCAAUAUUGGGUCCCUUUUGACAUCAGAUCAUCAGGAUCGAUCGAGCUGGCUUUUUUUUUAUUGCUUGAGAAGUGUUUUAGUGGAUCGUGAACAUAAAUUUUCUAGUUUUUUUUUUCUUUUUUAAUUUAUUCGAUGUAUUGGAAGGGUGUGGUAUUGUAACAUGAGCUUAAUUAAUUAUUUUAUUUAUAGUUUGAUAUAAUGGAUCAUCACUUGGAUUGUCAUUCAAAUGAAGUGAUUCCUUAACAUA